AUGGAAGAUACUGAUUGGCUCAGUUUGCCCAAAGAGUGUUCCAGAAUACAAAUUCAGAAACAACUGGCCUCGCAUUCCGAGGCUACGUUAUUCUGCGAGUCCAGUGGUGCACAUCUGAUGAAAAUUGACGAACGUUGGAAAAUGGAUUUUGUUGUUGAAUUGCUACAAGCUUGUGAAGGUCUAAGAGAAGAAGAGUACUGGGUUGAUGGAACAAAUAUGAAUGCCACAAAUUUCAACGCUCCUGAUGCUUGGAGAUUCUACGAUGGAAGCCUCGUUCCGAUGGAUAAAUAUUUUUGGGCAAGUCACGCCCCUAACUCAGCUGAAACACAGCAUUGUUUCAGGAUAGUGGACAAACUGUGGGAUGAUAUGCAUUGUGACUUCCAGUACUGGUUUAUUUGUGAAAAAUGACAAUUUCCAUAUCUAUCUGUUAUUUCC